AUGAGUUCGAGCUCUGGCGCUGGUGCAGCAACAGCCCCUUUAGUCAACGGUCCUCAGGAACCUCCAUGCCGCCUCUUGGGAGGAGGUCUGUCACUCAAUCCCUCGCUUAUUUUUGCACUUGCAGCUCGCCGUCUUCUGCAGCAGGGGCUGCAACAGAUACGCCAACUCGACGAUGCCCCAGCAUCAGCAGAAGGUGCUGCUGCUGCAGCUUCCGUUUCUGAUGUCGUUUUCUCGCCAGUAACGGUUGAAGGCGGCAGCGGAGGAGAUGGGUCAAUUGCUUUCCUUCGCCUCAGAGCGGCCCCGCGUAGUGGCGCUGCAGGAGGAAGCGGAGGCCGGGGAGGCUGUGUGUUGCUGAGGGCAGUGGGAGCAUCCGAAGAGGCCGCCGGUGCGCAUCGGCGUCUCUCAGCGCUGAAAGAAAGCGGUUGCUGGAGAGCGGCUUCCGGGGGAAUUGGCGCAGGGCAGGGGAAAACGGGGGCCCACGGCCCUGAUCUUCUGUUAGGGCUUCCCCCCAAUAGUCUGGUCGUGGACGUCUCCGCUGUGCAGGCGCAUGCAGCCGGUAAGGUGCGGCGUUUGCUGCAGCAGCAGCAGCAGGAUGACGAGACAGCAACUGAAGCGGAGGUGGAGCUUCAAAGUCAGCAGCAAGAAGGGCAUCAGCAGCAAGGAGAGCAACUGCCCCCUCUAUGUUGCAUCUACUUCGCAGCCCCCGGAGAUACCCUGGUGGCCGCUCGCGGAGGUAUGGGGGGCCGAGGCAACUUGGCAUUUGUGUCAAAUAGCAAUAGGCAUCCACUCGUGGGCGAGACAGGGGCCCCAGGAGAGCGGCGGAAGCUGCUGGUGCUCCACAACUUUAGCGACUUUGUCGUUGUGGGCCGCAUGCAGAGCGGCAAGUCCACGCUGCUGCGGGCACUUUCUGCAGUGGCUACAGCCAGUGCUGCAGAAACAAACGCCAGAGGCGCUGCUGCUCAUGCAAAUGGUAGCGCUGCUGGUACCACUGCUGGUCAGCGUAAACUCCGCUCCCCAGAGGUGGCACCAGUUCAGCCCGGAGAGCAGCAGCAGCAACAACAACAGCAGCAGCAACUGCAAUGGCUGUCGGCUGCAGUGCCAGAGGAUGUUUGGCUUCCAACGGCUGAGCCGACUAUCUGCGUGAUCCCCGCCCCGACACGCCGGACAGCGGCACCCCACAACCUUGCAGCUGAGCAGACGCCCUCGGACGGUCUGGUAGAUAUGCUCAAGCAGGGCAUCGCACUUGCCUCAGCAGCGCCAAUUGUCGCCGUCGAUACUCCAGGGCUGCUACCUCCAGCACCUCCCGCAGCACCAGCAGCGACGGGAGCAGUUGGAACGGCACCAGAAAGUGCAGAGAGCAUGCUGAUGCCAGCAGGACAGCAGCAGGAUGAACCCCUUAAGGGUCUCACGGCCGGCACAUCCGUCGUGCUCGUCGUAGACAGCUCCCUUCCCGACCCGGCACUUGAGUGCGUCAGGUUACGACAGCAGCUGCUGCAAGAGAGUCCCGAGCUCGCGGAUCUACCGUUUAUUGUGGUCCUCAACAAGAUAGAUAUGUUGCAGCAGCGUCAGAGCAAGCAGCAACGAGUUAGCCGGAAACUGGCAAACCUGGUGGAAAGGGUAAAAACCCAAACUGGAAUUGGAGGGGUCUACGCAGUCUCAGCUCUGCGCGGAGACGGCUGUAGGGAGCUCUUCGGCGCCCUCAGAAAGGCUGCAGGCCUUGACGACCUUAGUGCAGAACAGCAGCAGUUGCUGCUGUCUCACUUCAAACAGCAGCAUCAGCAGCAGCACCUGCAACAGCAGAAAAAACUGGGACCAGGGGCGUAUAGCUUGGCCUUUUUAACGGCGUACUCUGCAGCUGCAAUGUCAGCUCCUCACAGCCUGUUGCUGUUCAGUGUCCACGAGCUACUGCAGCAGCAGCAGCAACCUGGUGCUACCUUGAUGCGUCGCCCAGCAGCAGCACCUCCCCUACGUGUUUCGACGGGUAGCAGCAAGAAGCAUCCGUACCCUUCGUUCCCUUCUCUAGAAGAUCCUUACAAGUGGAUUAUCGUGGAACGUCGGGAGCAGGGAACGCUGCAACGCUUGCUGCAGGCUCGAGAGGUGUUGCAUGCCUCUCCAGACUUCGCUAGUGAAGAGAGCAGCAGAGGCCGGCGGUGCUUCGAAUUGAAAGGGCCUCUCGUCUCCCUGCUAACGGAGCCUGUGAAGUUCAACAGUGAAGCAGCGAAGCUCCGGCUGUAUAGGCAGCUCAGUGCGCUCGGCAUUGUAGAGAGAGCCUUCACGGACCACGGUGCCAGCAUAGGGGACUACCUUUUAGUAGGCCCUGUUCUACUGCAACUGCUGCCGCUCCUGCGGCAUUCUAAAGGACGGAAGAAGGGACAGCAAGCACCGCUGUGGGGUGGAGAUACUUGGGAAAUUUUCAAGACAGACGGCCUGCCCAAGAAAGGAAAACCAGAAUCUUCGGCCUUUCCGGCUGCUGCUCUCAUGGGGAUUGAAGAAAGCGUGUCUGAGAGGCUAAAGGAUACAGAGCUGCCUGACUUUGAGGCUGCGCCUUUUACUCCAAAUGUGCGACCGUACACUGCCACGGAUCCCCGGGCAGUGCAACAGCGUCGCCGCGUCCGUCGAAAGAUCACCGAAGCCAUUCGCCACCGGCGCUGA